GUCAGCCCCAAAACUAUUGUUCCUGCCAGACACUACCGACACAACAACAAGUGAGGACGCAAGAAAACAAUUCCACACGAAGAUGAUUUCGAAAGUCAAAACCUGGAGCCGUUCACCGCUGAUUCCGGCCAGAGAUCACGGGUCGGCGAUCCUUCCGCCAGCAGAUCGGCCGGAACCCAUUCCGGAACCAUGCGAGGAGAAGCCUGUGAUGGGCUGGCUCCUCGGCUGGGAGUACGGAAGGAAGUGGCUGGAGAGGCGCGAGGACAUCCAGAAGCACCGGAACAUGGUCAGCAAGUUCGGCAGGAUUCCGCCAGAUUUCGGCUGGUGGCUCAACCAGCGCAGACCGCUCUUCGUGCGCCAACAGCGAUACCGGACUAAGGCCGGCCCUCGACCCCGGAAGCAGAUCACAGCCUUCGAGGUAUCCAAGCAGAGGCGUGAGGCACAGAAGCGCAAACUCAUGGAGAGUCAGGCGAAAGCCCAGUAGAAUGGCAAAAGAUACAUUUCAUUGUGUGGCCUGGACAACUUAUCAAGCCAUUAUGUCAAUUGAAGAUAAAACUGGGACAAAAUUUCGAAGCCGAGUUCGACACUGCAACAAAUGUACAACAAUGCAAUUCGAAGUACCAAAACUCCGUUCAGAUCAUGUGUU